UUAGUGAAGCUCGAAGAGAGAAAGUGAGACGACAAGACUUUAAGAUGAGUAAGAAAUACAUUUUGAUGUUAGCACUUGUUGCAGUUGCUUCUGCGGCUACAACAAACAUGGCUGAAGAAGAAGAGCCUAUGAAUGAGAUUGGAGAAACCUCCAUUGAUGAACUGGUAGAUGAAGAAGAAGAGCCUAUGAGUGAGAUUGCAGAAUCCUCCAUUGAUGAACUGGAAGAUGAAGAAGAAGCUCCAAUGAAAGCCAGUCCUUCUUAUGAUAUAAGAUACAUGAAUGCACUUGAUGCACACAUUAACAAAGUCAUUGAGUCAAACUUUCAAAAUCAACCAGUGAUUCAACUCCUCUAUCUAUGGACUGAUCAAUCAAGAGUCCUGAAAAUCAAGAAAAUGAAUGGAGGGACUUUACGUGAGGGAAACAAAUUACUACAAAGGAUAUAUAUAGGGAAUGGAAGAAGGUCUAAAACUGGACCAUACAUGGCAUAUCGGCCAAAAUUCAGAGGCUACCAUAGCACUCGUCUUGGCGCCAUAUUUGUUAAUCUCAACCGGCUCUUCCCUUGUGCCAGAUCAACUCGAGUUUCUUGCCGCAGGUUUACAAUAGAAGAGGAUGGAUUCUUGAAAGGAAAGGCAAUCAUUGAAGCUGCUGAUCUUGGUAACCACUUCAGAGCUUUCGGAACAAACGUUGAUACGUAUGGGAUUGCAUUUCAAGGUUGUCGUUAUCUCAAUGGUGCCAAUGGUUGUCUUCCUAAGUGGUUUCACACAACAAUUGCUUGCUUACUUCCAAGGUCCUGUUUCCGAAGCUGAACAAAA